CAAAGUUAUUUUCAAACGCGCGCUCAACGAAGAAGCAUCGAAACCACGAAAACCGUUUGGUUCAAAUUACGUGGACGGGAGCUGGAGCGCUGUCUUAGCAGCGUCUCGUUAACUACUAGAUAACGUAAUUAAGCAAACUUGCCGUGCCGUGCCAUUACUAGUAUUGUUACUCCCUCACAAAACAGAGCGAAAACGGCCAUCAUGCAAACAGUCAUCAAGAACCCCAACUGGUGGCGUCGUCGCACCAAGUUGGAGAGGAGCCUGCUGAUUGUCAGCGGGAUACUGUUCGUAUUAGCGGCAGCCGGAUUUGGUCUCUGGGCUUCGGACUUCCUGAAGACGAAGCAGGACGGAGAGUCUCCACAAGCCACUGCCCUAAGUAGCGAUGGCACGGUCAUCAACAGGGUGCCCAUGGGCAAGCCUUCCAAGGACAAGACGGGUGCUGCUGCCGCAGACGAUGUCUGCCUCACCCAAGAGUGCAUCCACACUGCGUCUACCGUCAUCCGCAAGAUGAAGCCCGAGGUGGAGCCUUGCGACAAUUUCUACGAGUUUGCCUGCGGCAGUUACCUCGAGGAGGAGAACAUCCCCGACGACAAGGUGUCGAUCAGCACGUUCUCCGUCAUCUCGGAUAAGCUGCAGGAGCAGCUGAAGGACAUCAUUACCGCCGAGCGACCGGAAAGGGAGCCAAAGCACUUCCGCCUGCCAAACCUUCUCUACAAGGCCUGCAUGAACAAGACUCUUAUCGAGUCCUUGGGUCCUCUACCCAUCACCCGGGUAGCGGAGAAACUGGGCGGAUGGCCCCUUCUCAAGGGCGACAGCUGGAAUGCGGAUGAUACCUGGACAUGGCAGGAGCAGGUCAAGAAAUUCAGGGCCGCUGGCUUCAGCAUGGAUUACAUUAUUGACUUUUCCAUUGGAGUCGAUCUGCAAAACAGCACAAAGCGAUUGAUAGAUCUGGAUCAGUCGUCUCUGGCCUUGAGUCGCGAGUACUUGGUAAAGGGAUUCAAUGAGACUCUAGUGGUGGCCUACUACGAUUACAUGGUAGAUGUGGCCGUGCUCUUCGGAGCUGACAAGGAGCUGGCCAAAAAGGAAUUGCUGAGUUCCCUCGAGUUUGAGAUAGAUCUGGCCAACAUUUCCUGGCCUAAUGAGAAGCGCCGAAACUCUUCGGAGCUGUACAACCUGAGGACCCCGUCGCAACUGCAGGCUGCCUACCCGUAUGUCCAGUGGGUGGACUACAUGAACGCCCUUCUGCCCGAGGGUCUGAACGUGGCCGAGGACGAGAUGAUCAACCUGUCGGUGCCAAGCUUUUUCGAAGACCUCGGAAAGCUGCUGGCCAAGACUCCCAAGCGGGUGAUUGCCAACUACAUGUUCUGGAGGAUCCACGGCUUUUCGAUCGGAUUCCUGAGCGAGGAGUUCCGCAAGAGGCAGCUGCAGUACGCCACGGCCCUGUCCGGUCGCCAGGAGCAGGAGGCUCGCUGGAAGGAGUGCGUGGACAUUGCCACUGGCAGCCUUGGUAUUUCCGUGGGAUCCCUCUACGUUCGCAAGCACUUCCACCAGGACUCCAAGGAGAAUGCCCUUAAGAUGGUUACCGAAAUCCGGGACGUGUUCAACGACAUCUUGGACGAGGUCAACUGGAUGGACGCCAAGACGAAAAAGGAGGCCAAGGAGAAGCUGCACAGCAUGGCCACCCACAUCGGCUAUCCCGACGAGAUGCUAGACAACGAGAAGCUCGCCAAGUAUUACGCCAAACUGGACAUUGAUCCAGACAAGUAUUUCGAAUCCUUCCUGGGCAUGAACAUUUUCGGCACGGACUACUCCUUCAACAAGCUCCGUCUUCCUGUAAACAAAACCGACUGGGUGCGACACGCUCGUCCUGCGAUUGUUAAUGCUUUCUAUUCUUCCCUGGAGAACAGCAUACAAUUCCCUGCUGGCAUCCUGCAGGGACACUUCUUCAAUGCCCAGCGUCCCAAGUACAUGAACUUCGGAGCCAUCGGAUACGUGAUCGGUCACGAAAUAACCCACGGUUUUGAUGACCAGGGCCGUCAGUUUGAUGUGAAGGGUAACUUGAGGGAUUGGUGGCAGCCGGACACCCAGAAGGCCUACCUGGCCAAGGCCAAGUGCAUCAUCGAGCAGUACGGUAACUAUACAGAGCGUGCCACGGGUCUGAAUCUAAAUGGAAUCAAUACACAGGGUGAAAACAUCGCUGACAAUGGUGGCGUUAAGGAGUCGUAUAUCGCCUACCACAGGUGGGUGGAGAAAAAUGGUCAGGAGCCAAAGUUGCCUGGACUGAACUACUCACCUCAACAAAUGUUCUGGAUCUCCGCUGGUCAGACCUGGUGCGCCAAAUAUCGUAAAGAAUCUCUCAAGAUGCGUAUUACCACAGGCGUACACUCGCCUUCCGAGUUCCGUGUCCUCGGAUCGUUCAGCAAUAUGAAGGACUUUGCCAAGGACUUCCAGUGUCCAGAUGGUUCGCCCAUGAAUCCUGUGCACAAGUGCGAGGUGUGGUAGGACUGUUUCCAAGUUGUUUAAUGGACUUUAUGUCCCAGACAGUAAAGUGCAUGGAAUUCUAGCGAUCAAGCCCGUUUCUAGAAGGGCUAAUCUCAAGUAGAAAUACAAAUAAAGUACAGAUCGUAUUUAUAUUAAGUGUGCAUUAUGCAAAAAUCGUAUUUAAUAAAAUGUGUUUAUAUGUAAA